AUGGAUGAGGCAAAGAGGGGCUCCUUAAUGGCCAUGGACAGAACAUUGGCAAACACCCUGGUGCUGUCUAUGGUGCUGGGCUGUUCAGCUGCCCUAAUGGAUACUUCCGUGUCAAACUCCAGGGAACCUGUGGUAAACGUGGCUGUGGUUUUCAGCAGCUCUUCAUACUCCCUCCAUAUCCAGAGCCGACUAACAUACCAGACCUUCCUGGACAUGCCUCUAGAGGUCCAACCAGUCACCAUGGUGGUCAAUGACACUAAUCCCAGCACACUCUUGACUCAAAUUUGUGACAUGCUCUCCAGCACAAAAAUCCAUGGAAUUGUCUUUGAGGACAACGUUGGUACAGAAGCUGUGGCACAGAUCCUUGAUUUCAUCUCAUCCCAGACCUAUGUACCUAUCGUUAGUAUCAGUGGAGGAUCUGCCGUAGUCCUUACACCUAAGGAGCCUGGCUCUGCCUUUUUACAGUUGGGUGUCUCAAUUGAACAACAGAUACAAGUGAUCUUCAAAGUCUUGGAGGAAUACGACUGGAGCUCCUUCGCUGUUAUCACCAGCCUCUAUCCAGGAUAUAGCAUCUUCCUGGAUGUAAUUCGGUCCUUCACAGACACCAGCUAUUUUGGCUGGGAAAUCCAGGAUGUCUUGACUUUCGAGAUGUCCCAGGAUAUGAGCAUCUCCAAACUGCAGAAGUUGCUGCGCCAGAUAGAUGCUCAAGUCAUGAUCGUCUAUUGUUCACCAGAUGAGGCAGAGUUCCUCUUCCAGGUGGUCGAGCAGGCCGGUUUGAUCGGCCCUGGCUAUGUCUGGAUUGUGCCUAGUCUAACGGUGGGGAACAUGGAUGUGCCACCUACCUCGUUCCCUAUUGGCCUCGUCAGUGUGGCCACUGAAAGCUGGAAAAUGAACCUGAGACAAAAGGUCCGGGAUGGAGUGGCUAUCAUUGCUAUCGGAGCUGAGAGCUAUUUCAAGGCCCAUGGCUAUCUCCCCAUCGUGGGCAGGGACUGCAAUAGCAAAACCCCUUCCAGCACACCAACGAACACUUUCUAUAGGCAUUUACUCAAUGUGACAUGGGAAAACAGGGAUCUGUCCUUCAACAAAGGUGGCUACAUGGUGAGGCCUACCAUGGUGGUGAUUUCAUUGAACCGGCAUCGACUCUGGGAGAUGGUGGGGAAAUGGGAAAAGGGAAUUAUCCGCAUGGAAUAUCCAGUGUGGCCACGCUAUGGAUCCUUCCUGCAGCCCAUGUCAGAUAAUCGCCACCUCACAGUGGCUACCCUUGAAGAAAGACCAUUUGUGAUUGUGGAGAACACAGAUCCUUCCACUGGAGUAUGUGUCCGCAAUACAGUCCCUUGCCGGAAACAGACCAACUCCUCCGUAAGUGGGACUGAACCUAUGGACCCAUAUACCAAACUCUGCUGCAAAGGUUUUUGCAUUGACAUCCUAAAGAAACUAGCCAAGACUGUGAAGUUCUCCUACGAUCUCUACCUGGUGACAAAUGGGAAACAUGGUAAAAUAGUGGAUGGUUUCUGGAAUGGCAUGAUUGGUGAGGUAUAUUACAAGCGAGCAGAUAUGGCCAUCGGGUCUCUCACCAUCAAUGAGGAACGCUCACAAAUUAUUGAUUUUUCUGUACCUUUUGUGGAGACGGGCAUUAGUGUCAUGGUAGCCAGAAGCAAUGGGACUGUCUCACCCUCUGCUUUUCUAGAGCCUUACAGCCCAGCUGUGUGGGUGAUGAUGUUUGUGAUGUGUCUCACGGUUGUUGCUAUCACAGUCUUCGUGUUUGAAUAUUUCAGUCCCGUUGGCUACAACCAGAAUUUAACAAGUGGCAAAAAGUCCGGUGGGCCAUCCUUCACUAUCGGCAAGUCGAUCUGGCUACUGUGGGCUUUGGUUUUCAACAAUUCUGUUCCCAUUGAAAAUCCCAAAGGCACCACCAGUAAAAUUAUGGUCCUCAUCUGGGCCUUCUUUGCUGUCAUCUUCUUAGCCAGCUACACUGCAAACUUGGCAGCAUUCAUGAUCCAGGAGCAAUAUAUUGAUACCGUCUCUGGGCUGAGCGAUAGGAAGUUCCAAAAACCUCAGGAGCAGUAUCCUCCCUUCCGAUUUGGAACAGUUCCCAAUGGUAGUACAGAGAGAAAUAUCCGGAGCAAUUACCACGACAUGCAUUCCCACAUGGUAAAAUACAACCAGCGCUCGGUGGAAGAUGCCCUCGUCAGCCUCAAAAUGGGAAAGCUGGAUGCUUUUAUCUAUGAUGCCGCAGUGCUCAAUUACAUGGCUGGCAAGGACGAGGGUUGCAAACUGGUAACCAUUGGCAGUGGGAAAGUCUUUGCCACCACUGGCUAUGGCAUUGCCCUCCAGAAGGACUCCAAGUGGAAGAGAACAAUUGAUUUAGCUCUCCUGCAAUUCCUGGGAGAUGGUGAAACCCAAAAACUGGAGACGGUGUGGUUGUCUGGCAUCUGCCAAAAUGAAAAGAAUGAAGUGAUGAGCAGUAAGCUAGACGUUGAUAACAUGGCGGGGGUCUUUUAUAUGCUGCUGGUGGCGAUGGGGCUGAGCCUGCUUGUCUUUGCUUGGGAGCACCUGGUGUUUUGGAAGUUGCGGCAUUCCGUGCCAAAGUCCCACAGACUUGAUUUCCUUCUAGCUAUAAGCAGGGGUAUUUACAGCUGUUUUAAUGGAGUCCAGAACCUGGAGAGUCCUGUUCGUGUUUACAAACCAGAUGUCACUGCUAACUCUGCUCAAGCCAAUGUGCUUAAGAUGUUGCAGGCAGCCAAGAAUAUGGUAUCCACAGCCGGUGUUGGGAACUCACUGGAAAAUGCUACACGCACUAUAGAGAACUGGUCUAGUAGGAGUGAAAACUUCCAAACCACUUUCUCCUUAAGAACUCCCCAAUUUGUGAUUCAAAACACUAGUGGGUCAAACAGGCCGGCUCAUUCCUCCAACACUACAACAACUGAGAAGCUUGGGAGGAACCUUCCGCCCUUGCUUCUGCCACCUCAGCAAACUAUGGGACCAGCCAGUGAAAGCUGCGGAGAGACAAUUGAGCACCCACCGAUACUUCAUCCACUGAAAUUAGGAGGCAACUGCUCUGAAGAUAAGAUUAUUCCAGGUUUUGCUGUGUACCACUCUCCACAGUAUUUGGUAACCACAUCUCAGGCUAACCUCAGAAAACACAUUGAAAGUCCCCUUAGUGAUGCUCCUCGUUCCCCAGUCAGGACUCUUCAGGAACUUUCUCUGCAUAACCAUAAGUAUAAGCUCCCUGUGUCCAGAGGCCAUGGGAAACAGCAAUUCCAUCAGAAUGAUCACCUGUAUAAAGAAGGUGAGCAUAGCAGUGCAACCCAGGAGUCAAGGCUAGCUUUCUCUUCUGAGAAGAAAAAGAAUUUGGAAACUCACUACUGGCCUCAUCCCUGUUUAUAUAAUUCUUUCCCAAAGGACAACAGAACUUGUAGGCCCUUUGUCCAUAAAGAAUAUGACCCACUAGAGAUGAGAAGAGAAAAGGAGACCUAUGCAGCUAGCCUUUCAAGAUCAACCUUGGAACAGCAUGAACAGAUCCAUUCUCUAGGCAUCUGGGAGCAUCCACCAAAGUGUUCCAGUUCCAAGGAUGUCCUGGACUUCUUUCCCAAAGCUAGCUUGAUCCCCAAAGCAAAACUGCUGCCUGGGAUUCAUCAUGGAGUCCACCACCAUUCUCCCAACGCCCUUAGGCCAAGCAACGCAUGCAAUAAGAAAUGUAUGCAGGCCGAUCAUAUAAGUUGGAAGGAGAAAGAGCUACUACAUUCACAAUCUGUGCAGCUCCCUUCCUAUCGAGAGGCUUGUCUGCAGAACGUCUCAGGCAUACACAGGGCUUCUUCAGCUGUAGUGCAGAAGCAAUAUGCUUACGUGAACUCAUACCCAAAUCUACCGAUUUAUUGGAGAAGCUUUCAUCCAGGCUCUUCUCACCUAUGUGAACAAUCCAGUGCCACCGAGCACUGUUUCAGUCAGGCAUCCUGGCCCCCAUGCAGCGGGGAUUUCUUGGUCCAUGAGGAUGGCCGGAGGGCCAUGUACUUUGGUAGCACACAGAGAGACUGCAGAAAUCAGAGCAGGGUUUAUCCAACAUUUAUUCAGAUGGCCGACACUGCGAGGAGAAAUACGUCAACAACUCCAAGGAUGCACAGCCCUUGUGCAACAAGAUCAUGGAGGUGGAUAUCUAGCCUAGAAUCUGAAGUCUGA